AAUUUUACCAUAUUAGCAAUUCCUAAACGCAAUAACAAGAAAUGGAACGCGCUUUUGAAUUGACCAAUGAGACGCUUCCGCCCACUCUUUCAUUUCGACUGCAGCGCCCCUGGCGACAAAAACAAAAACUCACGAAAUAUCUCCAUCUUGUGUGACAGAUUUGUGUUUGUUGUUUCUCAAUUAGAUUUACGUGGUAAAUGUUGUUUUAUUACAUUAAAAAAGUGAAUAGUGUAUUGAAUUAGUUAUAAAGAACAUCUGGACACAUUUGUAGUUCCCGACUACGAGAGAAAGUGCGUGAAUUCGUGUCAAUUCUGGGAGUGACGAAGUGUAGGUCUCUGUGACUAUUAUACUUACUUAUUUUUGUGAUAAGCGAAGCGCGGAGCCCCUGCCGACUAGUUUUAUCAACAAGAAGUGUUCCUGACGGAGCGAGUGACGCACGUGGUGCGCGACUGCGGGGCGCCGCCGCCGGCGCGAUGGCUCCCCCGUGACGGGGCGCGCAGCCGAGCAGAUGCCAUGUUACAGAGAGUCCGAAAGGACCCCGAACCUCGCCAGCCCGCCGUCACUCACAACUACACCACACUUAACGUUCAAAAGGCUAUAAUACUUUUGGAUAAAAUCUAUGACACAUUCUUCACUGCACCGCGAAAAGCUAAUGUAAGGGUCUUCAAAAAGCAUUAUAUCAAGAUUGAGUUUCUGGACAAGGUUUGCAGACCAGUCUACAAGGAGUUCGAUGAAUGGCCUGAGAUACCGCUGGAUCCAGACCCACCCAAGGAUAAGAAGCUAGAGUCUUCCAAACAAGAUAUCAACCAGAAUCUUCAAAAUACCCCUGCAGGUCAGAAAAUGACUAGAAAAAGUCGUCCACGCAUCAAAGAAAAGGAGGAAAAGGAAGCGAAGGGCGGGUACUGCGAGAUCUGCAACGCGGAGUACUUGGACGCGGCGCUGCACCGGCGCUCGCCGCGGCACCUCGCCUUCCUGCGCGACCAGACCAACUUCCUGGCGCUGGACGAGCUCAUCGACGCCAGCGCCGACGUCUCCAGCUUCCUCGACAAGGCCGCCGCGCCCGUCAACGGCGAACGACGCUCCCUCCGCAAGGUCUGCAACGGAGACGCCGACUCGCCCAAGAACAACAACAAGCGGUCCAAGCGCUCCCAGAGCCCCGACUCCGCCGUCAACGGCCACGCCAGCCCGCGCCGCAACGGCCAGCUCGACGAUGAGCGCCGCCACAACACGCGCUGCUCCAAGCGCAUCAGCGACCAGGCCGAGGACCGCCAGUACUACAAGGUGGUCGGCGUCAGCACCAAGCUGCGCUCCAGCGGCGGCUUCAGCGCGCGCCGCCGCGACGAGCCGCCCGCCGUCAACGGCGCCAAGCCGCUCGUCGUCAAGUUCAAGAAGAUACGCAAGUCCGAGCUGUCCGUGCUGAGCGACGAGGCGGAGCAGUUCAUGUUCCCCAAGCGCGCCAGCUCCAGCAGCUCCAGCUCGUCCGACGACGAGGAGCGGCCGGGCCGGCGCGCCGCAUCCCCCGCGCCCCCCGCGCCCGCCCCCGAGCGCCGGCGGCUGGCGCGCCCGCUCGCGCUCAAGGAGGAGUCGUCCGAGGAGGACAGCUGGCCCGAGGACACGGGGCGCAGGAAGCGGCGCGUGCCGGCGGCGCGGCGGCCGCGGCGUGUGUCCGUGCCCGCGCCCCCCGCGCCGGCGCCCCCGCCCCCGGAGCCUGCGCCCGCCAGCCCGCUGCGCGAGGAGCCGCCGGAGCGCUGCAUGCGCUGGGAGGGCGGCCGCCUGCGCUACACGCCCGCCGUGGAGCAGCUGCAGUUCGCCUUCGAGUCCGUGCCGCACUCCGAGCCCUGGUUCGAGACCUUCAAGCGGCAGGACGAGGACAAGGUCGUCGCCAAAAAUGUGCCACAUUAUUUUUCUUUAUAUGCUACAAAAGCACCAAAGUUACCGUACGAGAUCGGUCAGCUACCUCCAUUGAAACCAAACUGUUGUCCGCUGAGCGCGCUAGUGAAGACCGAGGAGCGGUGCGGCGCGCGGUACGGCACGCGCGGCGGCACGCGGGGCGCGCGGGAGGCGGGGGCGGGGGGGGCGGGGCCCGUGGCCGCCGCGCAGGCGCAGGACGCGCACCCGCGCAAGUCCCCGCGCGAGCACGCGUCCACGCUGGCCAUGCUGGGCGCGGCGGGGCUGCUGCGCCGCGGCCGCAACGACGACUGCAAGUCCACCGCCUCCGAGGACACCAGCGACUCGCACAGCCAGUCGCGGCCCGCGCCCGCCGCGCAGGACGCCUCCGAGCGCCUGCAGCAGUUCCUCUCCGAGGUCUUCGAUGAUGCGGAGGAAUACGACGUCUCGGAGGAAGUGAUGGAGUCCGAGACGGUCGUCACCACCUCCACCAAUGUCCCCGACGUGUUAAGUUUAGUCUCCGAGUGCGAGGGCUGCGAGAUCAUCAGGGACGAGAUCCGGGAGGGCGCCGCGGCGGCCGCGAGGCCGAAGGGCAGGCGAGGGAAGUUCAAGAAGAAGAACCGCACGGGCUGGCCCGCCAAGAAGAAGGUGAAGAAGGAGAGCUCCGGCGCCAACAGCCCCGAGCGCAGGGACGAGAGCAGCGCGGAGGGCUCGUGCGCCGCCGCGUCCUCGCGGGGCAGCGACGACGACGAGCCCGCGCCGCUCGACCGGCCCGACUCCUCGCGCGACAGCCACGCCGCCGACGCGGACGAAUCUCACGCCAAGACGGAGGACGAGGACUCCGACGACAAACCACUCAAACUGGACGUGAAAGUGUUAGUGCAGGAGGACGAGAAGAAGUCGAGAGAGGAGGAGGAGAAGCAGGCGUCGGAGGGGGAGGGCGAGGAGCGCGCGCGCGGGCGGAGGAAGCGCGCGGCGCUGGAGGGGCUGCUGCUGAUGCCGGUGGUGCGCGUGGCGCGCGUGGACCCCGCCGCCGCGCGCCGCCUGCGCUCCGCCGCCCGCCCCCGCCCCCGCCCGCGCCCCGCGCGCCUCAGGUAGCCGCGCCGCCCAGCCGCCAACUAGCCCACCAAACUAUAACCACUAGUGAGUGCCGUCGGUCGCUAAUGUUUCACCAUUCCAUACGUACUUUCUUCUCCGGUUUACUAACUUUGAACUCGUAGAUAUGAGUUCCUGUGACAUGGUUCUGUCUAGCCGAUAUUUAUAGCACGAAUUUGUAAAUCUCUAUUGUUGUUUAAAAGACAUUGUUAUGUAUGAGCUCCGGUGUUAUCAGUUGAUUGUUUAUAUUGUUUUUUUUUUGGGAUAUGUAGAGAACAAACAGUAUUUUUUAUUUUUCUAUUAUUUUUGUCUAUACGUAGGUUUCUAUUUUGUGUUAUUUAAAUGCAUCAAUAGAAAGUCGGGAGAUAUUUUAUGAAUGUAUUUAAAUAGAAGGCUUGGGAGUCUUAUAGUCAGUGUAAAAGUAGUAGUGUGGGUGUAUGUUACGUGAAGUGCAUUUAGGUGUGUCUGCGAGAGCUUGUCUUGUAUAUAAAAUGUUAUGUAAUGCGCUUAGAGAUAGUUUCCUUUUCUUUAUUUAUGAACAGAUGAAAAACUCUCAUGUGUAAAACUUCGUAAAAUAAAGUUGUAUAAAAAUAA